AUGUUAGUCGACGUGGCAGACGCCAAUAAAGAUGGCUCAAUUACUCUUCACGAGUUCAUUAAAUUUGUCCAGCCUUCUGAAAACAUAAUUUCAGUCUUCAAAAGAAUUAUGAAAAGGAGCGGCAUAUCUGCGCCUGACCUUUUCAAUAUUUUUGACGCUGAAAAAAAACGGGAUAAUUACAAAAGACGAGUUCAAAAGAGUCCUGGCAAGCCUAAAAAUUCCUUUGACGCCAGAAGAAGUAGAGCUUUAUGGACAUUUAUUGACAAAGAUAAAAGCAAUACUAUAAGCUUCAAAGAAUUCCAAGAUUUAUUAAGGGAAGCAGCACCUAUUUCGAGAACUAAUACAAAAAUAAGUGAAGGAUCAAGACUUCCGACUGAGGAAAGCAAAGCGACACCAGUUCCUCCACCAGAUCCAUUGGAAAGUAUAGUAAAAGUGAUCGCUUCGAGUGGAAUAAACUUGUUUGACGCUUUUAAAGUAUUUGAUAAAAAUAAUGAUGGGUAUAUAUCAAGACAAGAACUUAUCAAAGUUUUCCAAGACAUGAAGCUUAACCUUGCAAACAGUGAAAAUGAAAUUUUACUGACUUCCCCCCUCCGAUAAUUAAAUAUGGCGUCUCAACUUGGGUCUGGCCUCUCGGCCAGACAGUUUCGAGCCCUAUUUAAUUAUAUCCGGCAAGGUUUUGCCUAGCUAGAGAUGGACAGCAAUAUCAGGUAAGCAAUUCUGGCAGUGUACAGAGCCUGAUCCCAGUCCGUUCUCGGGUUAGGAUUUUACCUCGAGGGAAGAGGAGGCUUGGAGUUGGAAAGGAGAAGCCCAGCAACGCCUACAGGUAAUCCCUAGGCCAUUCGGGUAAAUCUCUAGCGAGAAACCGGGAGUUUCGCCCCCGGGCUACAAGUUUUCCCCUUUUGCCGAAAGUCGGCCAGAAAUCCCAUUUUUUUGGAAUUUCCCAGCAGACAACCCUCGUUACAGAGAAAGUAGCUCAUUCAUGAGCCGUCGAAGCCGGAACAUUGCGCAGGAGGCGCACGUUGGAGAUCAAAGCUAGUUGUCCCAGCAACUAGUGGGCCCCGAGCGACGAGAGCGUGGAAGAGCAACCCCGUAGGAGACGUUAAACGUGAUGGUUAAUAAGUUAAGUUACUGACUUCCCCCUCCGAGAGUGAACAAAAAAAUUUUGUUCACUCACGGAGGGGGUUAAUUUUUUUUUUUUUAAAAAAAUCCUAAUUCACAAAAAUUGGAAAGCAAAUAUUAAUUUAAUACAUAAAAUUUAUUUUUAAAAAGCAAUUCGUUUAAAAUUAAACCGAAUUAGCUCUAGAUUUCAUUAUAAUAAUCAUUUAUAUAUCAAAAUUUUUUUCCAUAAAAAAAUUUUGUUAUUUUUGGGCAAAAAUUAGCGAUUUUUCUAAUGGUUUUGUUCACUCACGGAGGGGUGGGAGUGAGAAAAAUUGAUAAGUCAGGCGACAAUAGAAUUUCUUUUGAUGAAUUCAAAGAGUUUUUCAAAAGGUACGGAAUCGAAGUAAAUCCAAGAGCCCAAGGAGCUGCCCAAACCCAAGCUCAAGCAGCUAGGAAAAAAAUCAGAAGUGUCCCAGAGCUUAUUGAUAUGCUCGAUGACCAUAUGACAAAGCAAAAAUUAACCUUAGUCAGGCUAUACACACAAGUGCUUGACCAAAACAAAGACAGCUGGAUUUCCAAAGAUGAGCUUAUGAAAGGCUUUAACAGAAUUCUUGAACACCCAUUAACUGAAAGCGAAACAAACAGCCUUGUAACUGAGCUCUGUCCAAAAGGCCAAACCAGAAUUAGUUUUAACAACCUAAAAGACGUAUAUGCCAGAUAUUCCAAAAAAUCAGAAACGGCGGCACAAGAUGCAUCCAGAAGGCAGCUGCUGGAGUCUUCUGAGUCAUUAAAUAGGUCAAUUGGACAAUCACAAGCAAAAACAGCACAAGAUUUUAGGGUAAAUUCACCGACACAAACUCAGCAAGAUUUUAGACCUUCACCGACACAGACUGCACAAGAUUUUAGACAGCCUCCAAGUCAGACUAUGCAGGAUUUCAGACAGUCUUCACAAGGAUUUGGCCAAGGACAGGAUAUAAGAAGCUCAGGGCUAAACCAGCCAGGACAGAGAGCUUCACCAGCUCAGACUGGACAAGAUUUCAGGCAAGAUUCAAUGGGCAGAGGAAUGGGAGCUACACAAGAAGGAUUUAGGCAGGCUCCUACAGACCAAAGAGGAGAGCAAAAUUAUUAUAAUAGAGCAAAUGUGCCGCCAGGCCAAAGCUCAACUCCAAGCCAAUAUGAUAUAAGAAGUAGCAAUACGCCAGAAAGCUUUAGGACAGGGACUGACCUAGGGAGCUAUAGAGCUCAAGAUCCUUAUAAUCAGCCAGGAUAUGGCAGGACUCCUCAACAAACUCAAGGCAAUCUUCCAACGCCUGGGUAUAGUAAAGAACCUACUAGAGCUCCUCAAGAAGCUUAUAAAAAAAUAGCCCCUGGCUAUGGUCAAGAGCCUUCUAGAGCUCCUCAGCAAGGACAACAAAUAGCCCCUGGAUACGGCCAAGAGCCUUCUAGAGCUCCUCAGCAAGGACAACAAAUAGCUCCUAGCUAUAGCCAAGAUCUUUCAAGAGCUCCUCAGCAAGGACAACAAUUAGCCCUUAGUUAUGGCCAAGAUCUAUCAAGAGCUCCUCAGCAAGGACAACAAAUAGCACCUGGUUAUGGCCAAGAUCUAUCAAGAGGUCCUCAGCAAGGACAACAAAUAGUACCUGAUUACAGCCAAGAGCCUUCUAGAGCUCCUCAACAAGGACAACAAAUAGCCCCUAGCUAUGGCCAAGAUUUAUCUAGAGCUUCUCAGCAAGGACAACAAUUAGCCCUUAGCUAUGGCCAAGAUAUAUCUAGAGCUCCUCAGCAAGGACAGCAGCUAGCCCUUAGCUAUGGCCAAGAUCCCUCAAGAGCUCCUCAGCAAGGACAACAAAUAGCUCCAAGCUAUGUUCAAGACCCUUAUAAACAAACUACCCCUAGCUACAGCAGAGAGUCAACAAGAGGACCACAGCAACCCCAAGAUCCUUAUAAACAAACUGCGCCUAGCUAUGGUAGCCAGCCUCCUACUACUAAAGAGCCUCCUAGAAGAUUUUAA